AUGAUUGGGCAUUAUCACGUGACAAGGAUCCAGGAUAAUUUAUCAGACGAUAAAACAGCAACCCAGUCCUCAGUCUACUCAUGUAAUCCCCCCUGUGGUCCAGAUAAAGUCAUUGAUGGUGAAAGGAAGACGUGCAUGAAGGACUCUGGUAUAGGCCAGGGAUCUCCUGAUAAAUAUUUUUGGUGGACAGUAGACCUGGGUGGAAAUUACAGUAUUUACAUCAUUAGUAUACAUUUCAAAGACUACAAAGAAUAUGGAGAGUACGAGAUGAGACAAAGGGGUCGGUUUGCUGGAUUUUCUCUUUAUAUAUCCACCACUCCUGAGAAGGAGGACGGCCAUCUUUGUUACAACAACACACUUACAUUACCUUCCUUGGAAUUUAACACAACAUGUAUAGGACAUGGUCGUUACGUCAUCUAUUAUAACGAAAGACUGGACGGAGUUACUUAUCCUGAAGGAUAUCAAAUUCAAAGUUCAUUCACCGAAUUAUGUGAAGUGAAAAUACAAGGUUGUGCAAGAGCAGGGGUUGGAAAUAAUUGUAGCAUUCCCUGUCCCAUCAACUGUCAAAAUCAGAAUUGUAACAUUGUAAACGGAACAUGUGUGAGGUGUUAUCCUGGAUAUGUUGGAAUAAUGUGCCAAGACGACAGUGAGUGUGUCCAAUGGGAUGGUAUGGUGCAGAGUGUAAACGACAAUGUUCAGGUCACUGUGUAG